GUUAACCGGAAGAGGAAAACGCAGGGAUUAUAGUGUGUACCCAGCAUCCUGGGUGCACCGAGCAUCCUAAAAAUAAACUCUAAAUAAAUCUGCCUUGAUUAUUCUUUUUUGGGGGCAUAACGCAUUUUAUUACUGAGGACUGAUCCAUUGUUUCCGCUGAGGAGGGGCUGCUGUUGUUGCGGACUGUAGCUGCAGCAGGCCACCCACCAUCUGUGGAAGUGGGACAGCGGAACAGAUGGCGUGUCCAAGCCGAGCCGCGGGGCUUUGUCCAGCACAAGAGACAAGGUGCCGUCAUUAAAAUAGCCCGCCUUUACCGUUUGUUUUAUUUUUUUUGCGCGACUUUCUCCUCCACCGUAAUCAGCCAUGUUGGCGUGACUGGAUGCAACUGGAGGACCGAAACGCGUCCCUGUACCGCCUGAGCCGAGACCAACCCCCGCCGACUUAAUCCCUCUUUAAGUCCGUCUGGGUGAACAAUGGUCGACAACCGCUACGCCACCGCUCUGGUCAUCGCCUGCGUGCUGAGCAUCCUGGCCACCGUGUAUCUGUCGGUGGCCAUCGGCACACAGCACUGGUACCAGUACAGCAGCCCCACCGUGCGCGGCGAGGCCAACGUGUCCGAGCUGCGCUCCCUCUACGACGAGUUCAUGACCGGGGAGUUCGACGAGAAGACCUACAGCGACACGCUGUUCCGCCUCAACGGGACCGUGGGGCUGUGGUGGCGGUGCGUGCUCGUCCCACCCUCUGCUCACUGGAGCAGGGAGCCAGAUCCGAAGAUGUUGCUGGAGUGUCGAAACUUCACUCUGCUGGAGCAGUUCACCCCUAAAUACAAGGAGCCAGGGAACCACAACAGCGGAGAGGACAUGCUACGCACCUAUCUGUGGAGGUGCCAGUUUCUGCUGCCACUGUCGUCUCUCGGUCUGGUUGUGCUGGCGGGCCUGAUUGGGUUUUGCGCCUGCCUUUGCAGAAGCCUCACUCCCACAUUGGGCAUUGGAGUUCUUCAUCUCUUGGCUGGUCUGUGCACCCUGGCCACAGUGUGCUGCUACCUGGCUGGGAUGGACCUGCUCCACAGGGUGUCGAUGCUUCCCGACAAGGUGGACGGCUCCCUCGGUUGGUCCCUUUACCUGGCCCUCAUCUCCUCGCCCCUGCACAUGAUGGCUGCCGCGCUGCUGGUGUGGGCGGCGCGCAGUCACAGCCAGAACUACUACCGCAUGACUGCCUACCGGGUGGCGUGAAUAUGUGGUUUUUAUCCCACCUUAUGUUUUAAAGUCUAGAGUAAAAACCCUACAGUAUGCUGCAUUCAUUUAAUUUGUUUUUUCUCUAGGGCUGCUGAUGUGAAAAGAUAAAGUUGAGUGUAGCACAAAGUCCAGGUCAGAAAUACAGAAAAUUAGCUGAUGUUUUUAAAUUUAGAUUUGUUGGUAAAACCUCGAAAUCAACAAUAUUAAAAAAUACCUGCCUGGAUCUCUGGUUAAGCUUUAAUAUAAUUUACUUCCACAGGAGUAAAAACAAGGUUUCCUCAACGCUUUUAAAAGCGACACCUUUUCUUUUAUGUCUUCUUAAAACGACGACACCAAACUCCACAAGUGUAGUUCACUGGUUUGCUACAGUCAGGCUAUAGCAAAGCAAGGUGGAGGUUUGUUAUGCUGUGGUUUGGCUGUGUGUGUCACUUAAUCUGCUGAAAAAAUAAUGAAGAUCAAAAACAUGUUGGACCCAAGUGCACCACCCACUGUCAUGUGAAACUAGGCCAUGGGAGGAGGUUUCUGAGGCAAACACCCCCCAAAACAAAGGCACGAAAUGAAAAGGUUUUUUUUUAAGUUGGCAUGUGAACUGUCCUGAACCAAGUUGAACCUUUUAAAUUAUUAAAUGAUCCAUGUCACCACAAGACAUAAAACAUCCUCAUACCUGAUAGAGAAAGAGAGCCA